GCUCCAGUGACGCCUUGUGGCUGCAUCAGCGCGUGGCUGCAACGCGACAGCUCGCGGAGACGCGUCGGGUUUUCUCUCCCUCCUCCUCCUCCUCCUCCUCUUCCUCUUCCUCCUCCUCCUCCUCUUCCUCCUGCUCUUCCUCCGGCUCCGCUGCUGUUGUUAUCCCAGUGUGGGUCUGUCGCGCGGCUGCAGAAUGGAGACCAAACCGGUCAUCACCUGCCUUAAAACGCUCCUCAUCGUCUACUCCUUCGUCUUCUGGAUAACAGGAGCCAUCCUGCUGGCAGUGGGAGUAUGGGGGAAGUUGAUGCUGGGCCCGUACAUCUCUCUGAUAGCAGACAACUCCACCAACGCCCCGUAUGUCCUCAUUGGCACCGGCACCGUCAUCAUCGUCUUUGGCCUGUUCGGAUGCUUCGCCACCUGCAGAGGAAGCCCGUGGAUGCUGAAGCUGUAUGCCAUGUUUCUGUCGCUUGUCUUCCUCGCUGAGUUGGUGGCCGGGAUCUCUGGAUUUGUGUUUCGCCAUGAGAUAAAGGGAACCUUUCACAGGACGUACACCGACGCGGUCCUGAACUACAACGCCGAGGACGAGGCGAGUCGCGCUGUUGAUAACUUGCAGCACAAGCUGCGUUGCUGCGGAGUGUAUAACUACACCAGCUGGUUGGCCAGUGUGUAUUACCCAUCCAACGGCAUUCCCGCCAGCUGCUGCUUCAACUCCUCCGACUGCACCAUCGAAGACCUCCGCAACGCUACUAUAGCCCCGAGCAAGGUCUUCCACCAGGGCUGCUACGAGCUGGUCACUUCGUUCAUGGAAACCAACAUGGCCAUCAUUGCAGGAGUGACGUUUGGCAUCGCCUUCUCACAGUCGAUUGGCAUGUUGCUGGCCUGCUGUCUGUCCAGGAUCAUCACAGCCAAUCAGUAUGAGAUGGUCUAGCUGACGUGACGUGGCAGGGAGAUGAGGCGAAGUCUCAACAAAGAGGUUCGACACACGACAUGAGUAAAUUCCCCGAAAACACUUAUCACCCGUCCGACUUGGAAUUUACCUCCCUCCGUCUCUCUGCCUGUGAUCUUAAUGUAAUAUCUUAAUGUAUCUUCUUGUAAAGCACCAUUCCCUGACUCACUGCAGCUGCAUCGACGCUUUCUAUAUCACACAUCACCCUGCUGCUUAAUGUAGAAGUUGCCCGUCAGCACAUAUCUCGGAUCAGUACGGCCCACGGAGGAGACCAGAGUCGUCUGGGUCGGCGGCGGUGUUGGUCUCAGAUAGGUGAUUGGCUCCUCAGUUGGACGCAGCAUGCUCCCACCGACCGCCGUCCGAAGACCACCGCACAUCUUUGUACAGAAUGACAUGACUGAAGCUUGAAAGUAAUACUUUAAUAGAUAGGUUUAGUUUUGCAUUUGACUUUGCUAUUGCUCACUAUUGUAUAUUCCUAUGGUCGUGAAAUUUUGUGAACUGAUGACGUUUGCUGAGGAUGAUAUUUUAAGUUUAUACGAAAAAUUGGAAAAUCGGCAGCGGAAAGAAAAUGGGGAGAGAGCGAUUGGAGGAUAUUUUUUAUCUGUAGACACUGUAUGAUAUGUUUUUAUGACCUGAACAUUUAGUUUAAUUCAAAGGCAGAUUAGGAGAUGAGCUACAUUUUCAAUUGGAAUUCAGUAUCAGUAGUAAAAGCUUUAGGAAUAAAAAAAAAACAGCAGUUACCAAAUGUGAACAUUUGCUGUAAAACUCAGUAAAAACUGUCAGUUUAAUACACUUGUUUUAUGGCGGAAGAGAAAUAUAUUAAUCUAGCAAACAAACAAAUAAGGUCACUUGUGGAACAUAUCCGUUACACCGUAGAGUCGAGGCCCCGUCACACCAGACGGUGACAAACUGUCGGCUAACGAGUUGGUUAGGUCACUAACACCACAAUAACUUCUCACAAUAACUAGUUGAUACACAAGAGGGUUUCGUACCAUCAACCUCCCGUCGCAUACUUAGCAUAGUUCGAAUGAGGUGUCACCGGAAGGCAUCUUUAACUUAAAAAGAAAAACGUCCAGACGCACGAAGGCGGAUUGAAAAGAAACGAGAAGUCGACACCGGAGACUCCAACAGUGUUCAUCUAGUAUUUGCAGUAUUCUAUGUAGUGCAUCAACAUGCCUUCAUCAUCAUCAUCAUCAUCAUCGUCAUCAUCACCAUCUGUAGAUAUGUAUUGGAAAAUGUAAUUUGUAUAAUGAAAUGUUUCUCAUGCUAAUAUGCUACUAUGUAAAUGUCGUGUCAGAGUUUUGAUUUCACACGUUGUGCUGUUAAUCUGUACCUGUUUGAUAGAUUGUAGGAAACUUGCACUGAAACGAAAAAUAAUUGUGGCCAAUGUUUUGUUGAGAGUAACGUGUAGCUAUAUUUUUUUUCAUUUAGCUGUAUAUUUAUUAGGACUCGGUUUGGCAUUAAGUUUACAGGUUCACCAAGGGAUUUUCUGACUCUCUCUCUCUCUCUCUCUCUUCCAGUGACUGUUUCCAGUGAUCCAAUCACAAGUGGACGGCUCUAAUUUUAGGCAUUUGAGAUCCGAUCACUCAGACCACAUCCGACCACCGCGUCUGGGUGGUCACAUUCUUUUAGCAAACCUGGGCCAAAUUGAAAUUUCAGCUGACGUCCUCUGGCUCUCGCUCUCUCUCCAUCAACAACACUCUGACAAUGGAGCCAUCUGUAUAUCCGGACUGGCUUAAAAAACAGCAUCUUGUCUUUCCGAACCGGAAUGACAUCAUCCCCACAUGUUUAUUAGCGUUUAGAGCGGAGGAAAUGAGCUCGGAUCAGACACGCACAGUCUUGAGGCCAGGUGUGAUCUGACGUCAGAGCUGUCCACUUGUGAUCGGAUCACCUGAGGCGGAUGUUACCACCGUGGGUGUGGAUGGAUGGAUGAGAGAGAGAGAGAGCGUCUUGAUGUUUUUGGUGGAUCCUGUUGUGUUCAGUUUUGGUCAGUAUUUGGUUGUGGCUUUUUUUUUUUUUUUAAAUAACCUCGUUGCUUUUUAAAGCUGGACAUUUAUUUAUUUAUUUCGUGAAUGUAUGUGUUUUCCAACACUCUGAAACUUAAUUUCCCUUCCCCUCGAGCUGAUAUUGUCCUGUAAAUACUAAGUUGUAAUACCAUCUAGUGUACACACGGGGUCAUUAGACACUCAAAGGAAUUGCACCAUACUGUCUACUGUUGACUAAGUCACCAUCAGUGGUCUUAUUAUCAAUAAAUAUACAGAUAACGA